ACCGGACUUGGGAGCGGAGCGGGAAGCGGGCCCAUGGCCUCUGCCAGCAUCGACAUCGAGGACGCGACCCAGCACCUGAGGGACAUCCUCAAGCUGGACCGGCCGGCAGGUUCAGUGAACGAAAACCAGAGGCCACCCAACUCGUUCAACGGGGACUUGAAUGGGCUGCUGGUGCCAGACCCCGUUGCAGCUGGCGAUGGAGCUCCCUUGGCUAAGCCAAUGCUCCGAACUGUUCCUCUGGGAACCCUGCAGGAGAAGCAAGUCAUCUGCCUUUCUGGAGAUGACAGCUCCACCUGCGUGGUGAUAGCGGCAAAAGACGUGGAGAUUGUGGCCAGCAGUGACUCUAGCAUCACCAGUAAGGCCAGAGGGAGCAACAAGGUAAAAAUACAGCCAGUAGCCAGGUAUGACUGGGAGCAGAAAUACUACUAUGGCAACCUGAUAGCUGUAUCAAACUCCUACCUGGCAUAUGCCAUUAGAGGUGCCAGCAAUGGCUCGGCUAUGGUGCGGGUGCUGAGCAUCAGCACUGCCGAGCGGACCUUGCUGAAAGGCUUCACGGGCGGCGUGGCAGACCUGGCUUUCGCCCAUCUCAACUCCAACCAGCUGGCCUGCCUGGACGAGGCUGGCAACCUCUUUGUCUGGGGCCUGGCCAUGGACAAUGGGAAAAUCCAAGAGGAGAUCUUGGUGAACAUAAAACGACCUGAGGGCACCCCGCUGAACAGCUUCCGGAGAAUCAUAUGGUGCCCCUUCAUCCCAGACGAGAAUGAGGAGAGCGGUGAAGAGGGCAGCCAAACAUUGGCAUUGCUGCACGAGGACAGGGCAGAGGUUUGGGAUCUGGAUAUUAUCCGAGCCAACAACAGUUCCUGGCCGGUGGAGGUGACUAACAUCAAAGAGGGCUUCAUUGUGGUGAAAGGCCACAGCACGUGCCUGAGCGAGGGAGCGCUCUCUCCAGAUGGGACUGUCUUGGCCACAGCAAGCCACGAUGGCUAUGUCAAAUUCUGGCAGAUCUACAUAGAGGGGCAAGAUGAGCCAAGGUGCCUGCAUGAAUGGAAGCCCCAUGACGGCAGGCCGCUCUCCUGCCUGCUCUUCUGUGAUAAUCACAAAAAACAAGACCCAGAGGUUCCUUUCUGGAGGUUUCUCAUCACUGGAGCGGAUCAGAACCGAGAGCUGAAGAUGUGGUGCACCGUUUCUUGGACCUGUCUGCAAACUGUCCGCUUUUCCCCUGACAUCUUCAGUUCCAAGAGUGUUCCCCCCAGUCUGAAAGCCUGCCUGGACCUCUCUGCCGAAUUCCUGAUACUGAGCGACGUGCAGAGAAAAGUCCUGUAUGUGAUGGAGCUUUUGCAGAACCAGGAGGAGGGCAGAGCUUACUUCAGCUCCAUCUCGGAGUUCCUCCUCACCCACCCGGUCCUGAGCUUCGGCAUCCAGGUGGUGAGCCGCUGCCGGCUGCGGCACACGGAGGUCCUCCCAGCUGAAGAGGAAAGCGACAGCCUGAGCACAGAAGGGGCUCAGGGGGCUGGGGCUGUGGAAUCGGCGGCGGGUGUGCUGAUCAAGCUCUUCUGCGUCCACACCAAGGCCCUGCAGGAUGUGCAGAUCCGAUUCCAACCUCUUCAUAGUCCAGAUGUGGCUGCACCGAUCCCUCCCCACGGCUCCCAUGAAGAUUUCGCGUUUCCAGACCACCUGGCUGACCUGGGCGCAGAAGGGCUGGGAUCGGAGAAGGGGUCCGUCCAUGGCUCCCAACCAGACUUACGGCGCAUUGCAGACCUGCCUGUGCCAGCGGAUUUUCUUGCCCUCUCCAACGAUGCCAAACCCAAGCUGAUGACCCCAGAUGCGUUCAUGACCCCAAGCACAUCUCUUCAGCAGAUUGCCAUGUCGCCGGGAAGCAGCGUCAGUUCCCUGACUGCAGUCACAGCCAUGAGCAGCGCUUCCGUCACUGACCCCGCUGUGCCCAGGCCAUCUGAGGACCUGACUUUGAGCCCAAAGAUGCAGUUGGACACCAGCCUGACGCUGAGCAGCAGUAGCAGCAGUCUCCAGACGAGUCCUAGGAACCAUUCGGUCCUUAUCCCUGGACUCCCUGACAAGCUGACCCCAAAGGCCCCUGUCCCGGUCACUCCAGCAAACCCCCCUCUGGCUCUGGAGCUGCAGGAAGUGGAGCCCCUUGUGGUAGCCCAGGCCUCACCCACCCGUGAGCGCUCCCCGGACGUCAUUUCCUCGGCCUCCACGGCCAUGUCCCAGGACAUCCCAGAGAUCGCCUCUGAGACGCUGCAGCGCAGCUUUGCCGCAGCCCCGGCCGGGCUCCCUGCAGAGGUGCUGGAGCCCAACCACCAUGCGGACAGCAUGGCCUCGGCCGCCUCGGCCUUGCACUUGCUGUCCCCGCGGAACCGGCACAGCUCCGAGCACAGCCAGCACUCCCUCGACAUGGCCCCCGUGGAGGUGGACAGGCUGACCACACCCUCGUUACUGGAGACUGCUUUAACUCAGGAAAAUGCAUCUUCCAACAGCGUCGUGAGCCAGCCGUGGCCAGCGGCCCCCGACAUCACCAGGGAAACCAGGAACAGCAUAGCAGACAGCCCAAGGGAUGACAUUGCAGAGAAGCACAAGAGCUCUUCCUAUCACAGGCACAGCUACCACCUGCUGCAGCAUGACAGCCAGGAUGCCAGUGCAGAGCAAAGUGACCAUGAUGAUGAAGUUGCAAGUUUGGCUUCUACAUCAGGCGGGUUUGGUGCCAAAGCAUCUGCACAGAGGCUGCCUGUGAAGGACUGGAAAGCCAAGGUGUCCCCUCGGGCUUCCCCCAAGCUCAAACGGAAGGGCAAGAAAGAUGACGGGGAUGUGACCCAGUCCCCGAGGUCAUGUGAUCGCCAGGUGACCGCCGAGUGCCAGGAUGAGCUGAUGUCUCUGCUGCGGAGCCAACAGAGGGAGCUCACGGAGCUGAGACAGAACCAGAUGGAACUAAUGCAGAGACUCACUGACCACCUGGAUGCUGUGCAGAGCUCCCUCAUGGGUCACAUGGAACGAGUGAUUGAUUCUCAGCAAGAACAAGAGCGCAUUUCCAAGAGCCUGGACCCUGUCACUAGCCAGCUGAGCAAUACGAUUGCCGCCAAGCUCACGGCCGUCGAGGGGACAUUGAAGGAAAACGUCACCAAGCUAGUGAAAUCAAAGAACCUGACAGAUGCCAUUGCGAGGGCAGCGGCGGACGCUCUGCAGGGGCCCAUCCAGUCGGCGUACAGGGAGGCGUUCCAGAGCGUUGUGUUGCCGGCGUUUGAGAAGAGCUGCCAGUCCAUGUUCCAGCAAAUCAACGACACCUUCAAGCAGGGGACGCAGGAAUAUAUCCAGCAGCUGGAGACUCACAUGAAGAACAAGAAGGCGCGAGAGCAGGAGGCUCGAGACUCCUUGCUGGGCCAGCUCCGGCAGCUGAUCAGCACCUUCCAGAGCAGCACAGAGCAGCUAGCCUCCAGCAUCACCACCAGCGUGCACACCGAAGUGCAGCAUCAGCUGCACGUCAUUGUGGGCAACAUGCAGGACUCUAUUCUGACCCAGGUGCAGAGGGUCAUCAAGGGCGAGGUGAGCCUGGCCAUGAAGGAGCAGCAAGCGGCCGUCACCUCGAGCAUCGUGCAGGCCAUGCGCUCCGCAGCAGGCACGCCCAUCCCCUCUGCUCACCUGGACUUCCAGUCUCAGCAGACUCACGUCCUGCAGCUGCUGCAGCAGGGCCGCCUCAACCAGGCUUUCCAGCAGGCUCUCACGGCAGCUGAUCUGAACCUGGUCCUGUACGUCUGUGAGACGAUGGAUCCUCAGCAGGUGUUUGGACAGCACCCAUGUCCGCUCUCCCAGCCCGUCCUCCUGUCUCUCAUUCAGCAGCUCUCCUCGGAUCUGGGCACCCGCACCGAACUGAAACUGAACUACCUGGAGGAGGCCGUGAUGCACCUGGACCACAGUGACCCCAUCACCCGAGACCACAUGGGGUCGGUCAUGAACCAGGUGCGGCAGAAGCUCUUCCAGUUCCUGCAGGCGGAGCCCCACAACACCCUGAGCAAGCCGGCCCGCCGCCUCAUGAUCAUGCUUCAGGGCCUGGUCACCCCCAGCAUGACCUAACGGCGCCCGGCUGCCCUGCGGGUUGCUGCACGGGAGCCUGCCCUGCAGAGCCAGUAGUUACUAACCCCGUGUGGCUUGUGUUAAGAGCUCUUGCCAGGUAAAUGUGUGGUGUCGCUAAGGCUAACGCCAGCUGUGUAUAGCCCCAAAUAAUCACUCCACGCUCACUUGGCUUCUUUUCUUAAACAGCCUCUUCUGGGAGCGCUGGGCCUCUCGGCACCCACCCCCGUCCGUCCCUGAGUCACCACCACCUGUCACACGGCAGCACGGCCAUUCCAUUGCUUCCCCCUUGAGUUGGGCGUUUGCUCCCAGGAGUGGAGGAGAGGGGAGCGGGGAUGGGGCUGUGAGCUGGGCACGCAUUCCUCACUCCCGGGAGGGGGCCCCAGGCUGAAGUCCAGGAGCCCACAGAA